UAAGCGCUCUGUAACAUGACUCCAGGCUUUUCUCCUCCUCGCCGAAGCAGCUCGGCUCGUCUCGGAUCUGCUGACGUGUCGGCAGCGGCUCCGCGAUCAACAGCUGCUAGCAUGGCUGCACCGAAUCCCUGUUUUUAUUCUGUUUUUAUGCUUGUUCUGUACGCGUGUUUUCCCCAGAGCAGCGCGGACCGGCGUUUCUCGGACCUGAAGCGAUGCGCCGAUGAAGAAUGCAGCAUGCUUCUCGGCAGAGGGAAGGCCGACAAGGAUUUUACGGGGCCGGACUGCCGGUUUCUCUCUUUUAAAAAAGGAGAGACGAUAUAUGUAUAUUAUAAACUCUCAGGGCAGAGAUCGGACGUGUGGGCUGGUAGUGUUGGAAACCACUUUGGUUAUUUCCCAAAGGACUAUCUUAAUAUAAAUCAUAUAUAUACUGAUAAAGAAGUGGAGGUGCGUACAGAGGAAACAGAUUUUGUUUGCUUUGAGACUGGGCUCGAUAAAUUUGAAAGCUAUGACAUAGAUGUGUUAUUAGGCAGCACAUUGUUGCUAGAAAAUGAGAAUUCAACACAAGAAUCGAAAGAACCAACUCAAAAUGAAGAUCCAUCUCAAGUGACAACGACAGAAUCAGUGGAGCCUCUUGAAUCUGAGUCAUUAGAUUCGGAAUCAACAUCGACACUUGAAUCAGAGUCGGUAGAUUCAGAAUCAAAAUCGAUUGUUGAAUCAGAGUCUGUAGAUUUAGAAUCAACGUCGACUCUUGAAUCAGACUCAGUGGAUUCAGAAUCAAAAUCGCUUCUUGAAUCAGAGUCAGCAGAUUUGGAAUCAACAUCAACUCUUGAAUCAGAGUCAGUGGAUUCAGAUUUAAAAUCACCUCCUGAAUCAGAGUCAGUGGAUUCAGAUUCAGAACUGCUUCUUAAAUCAGAGUCAGUAGAUUUGGAAUCAACACUGACUCUUGAAUCAGAGUCAGUGGAUUCAGAAUUAAAAUCACCUCCUGAAUCAGAGUCGGUGGAUUCAGAAUCAAAAUCGCUUCUUAAAUCAGAGUCAGUAGAUUUGGAAUCAACACUGACUCUUGAAUCAGAGUCAGUGGAUUCAGAAUUAAAAUCACCUCCUGAAUCAGAGUCAGUGGAUUCAGAUUCAAAAUCACUUCUUGAAUCAGAGUCAGUAGAUUCAGAAUCACAAUCGCUUAAUGAGUCAAAAUCAGUUGAUUCUGAUUCAACACUACUUCCUGAAUCAAACUCAGUAGAUUCAGAUUCAAAAUCGUAUCACGAAUCAGAGGCAGUUGAUUCAGAUUCAGCGUUGCCUUUUGAAUCAGAGUCAGUAGAUUCAGAACCAAAAUCGAUUCUUGAAUCUAAGGCGUUUGAUUCAGAUUCAGUAUUGCAUCUGAAAUCAGAGUCAGUAGAUUCAGAAUCAAAAUCACUUUUUAAAUCAAAGGCAGAUGAUUCAAAAUCUGUAGAAGUUCCUGAAAAAGAGACUUUACUAAAAUCUACUGAAGAGGACUCUGACAGCUUUCAGCCAAAGACAGAUGUUUCAUCAGAACCAAAAUCUGAAUCUAAAGAUGCACUACCAGAAGAGACAGAAGAUAUUUCAAAAAGCCAAGAUGCUGAGCUCAUUUCAGAGGACGCAGAACCAGAACCAUCAGAUUCUGAUGCACAAGAGGAUGAUGAUGAUGAUAAUGAUAAUAAUGAUGAUGAUGAUUCUUCUGAGCUUUUGCACAACCAAAGCGACUCUGAUUUUGAGCCUCGGGAGCCCUUACAACUUCCACUUGAAACACAAACACCAGGUUUAGACGUAGUACGUGAAGAACCUGCUAAAACAGAGCCAAACGAUACAGAUAUACCACUACAGACACCAGAGAAAACACUCAAGGAUGACAACACGUCAACCCUAAAAGAUGCUUUCAAAACAGAGCAUGAAGGUGAAACAAAAGAGAGUGAAUCUCUUCAGGAACUCGCCAAAGAAUCACUUUCAGCUGCUGAUGUUGAAGAACAAGCUGAUUUUGAGGUCAAGCACGCACAAAGUGAAGAUGAAGCCGAAGACGACAAAAUCACAGAAUCUUCUUCGGAUGCGAGAAAAGACAUCCCAUCUGAGCCAGAAUUGGAGUCUGAAAAACAACCACCUGCACUAAAUGUUAGUGAAACCACUGAAGAACAUGAUCCAAAGAAGAUGGAAAAUGUCAAAGACCUUCCUCCGAAGGCAAGCAUGAACAAAAAUGAAAAUGCAAAUGUAAACAUUGCAAACGAUCCUCAGGAUGCACUUACAAACACUAGCGAAACAGUGAAUGAAUCACUUGAUGAAGAUGAGAAGUCAAAAGAAGAACAACUUAUAGAAAGCCCAGGAACUGCAGCUCCGCUUGAGCAAACGGACGAACAGAUUGAUAAAGCGAAGAACGAACUUGUGGAUCUACUGAAAAACACACUGGAAUCGGAGCAGCAAAGUCCUGAAGAUGAAGAGGACGUGAAUGAAGAUGCCGAAGAGCUUUUGGAGGAUGAAAACGCUCUUCUUUUGUCUUCCAAAUCUCAUCUCACAGAAGAUUUACACAAACCUAAAGAAAACCAACAACCUGAAGGUGAAUCGCUCGAAUCCCAGCAAAGCGAAAACACCACAAAACAAGAAGAGGAGCCCGAAUACAGUGAUAGCGUGUUGAGACUCACAAUCUUACGAGAUCACCUGAAGGAUGAGGAUAUGGAGCGCAUGCAAAAGUAUUUCGGCCUGAAGAACCUGUUUAAAAUUGAAGCCAUGUUUUCUGAUCUAGAUCUGGAGAUGAAAUCUGCGAGAGAGCUGCAGACAGACACGGAGGAAAUCGAGCGAACGCUCGACCAGAUCAUGGAGGCCUCUGAGAACUCGAUUCUCGACGCGACCGAGGACAUAUUGAGCGAAAGAGACCGGAAAUCUCAGGAACACGGGAAGCAGAAGGAGCCGGAAGUGUAUGAUGUUGAGGCUGCCAUCCUAGAUGGUUUCCAGGAGAUCGUUUUUGCUUUGCGACAGAAAUACUCAGCGGCCAGUGACAGCGCACCAUUGGUCGAAGAAGAACAGCUUGCAUCUGAAACAGAUGAAAACAUUGACUCUGAAGAAGUGAAAGGUUUGGACAGUAACAUCGAAGUGACUGAACCACCUGAGAGUCUUGAAAUGCAUGAGGAGCAGAAUGAAUCUGAAGUGAUUCUAAAUUCCGAAUUAAAUCUGAACGAAGAUUUGUCCCACACUAAAGACGUGGGACUUGAGGAGGACGGAGGUCAUUUCAACAGAAACAAAGAUGCUCAGAUAGGGUUCGAGGACGCUGAGGAGAUUCAAAAGGGGCCUCAUGCUAUUUUAGAGAACCCAGUGGACAUCGGCUUUCACUUUGAAGUGGAUCCAUCUUCAGGUUCACUGGAGUCUCAGAGUGUCUCUGAUUUCCACGACACUGAAGCAAGCACUGAUUCCUCCAGCUCGUCAACUUCAGAUGAACUUUGGGGUUUAGUGCUUCUCAUCAAAGAAUAUCUUGGCGUAUAUGGAGAAAUUAUAAUCACUGCUCUUCCGGAGGAAUGGCGUCCGGGUCCCAAUUUCCACGGCGUACCCUGGGAGCCGGUGGUCGUCACAGUGGUUGUCGGUGCCCUCACAGUCCUGAUGUUCUGUUGGAGGACGGUUCUUGCUAUCAAAGGCAGAACCUAUCAAUUAACAGAAAAGCAGCUUAGAGACAAGAUCCAGCAGCUUCUCAAUGAGAAAUCUGAUGCUGCUAACAAGAUCACAGAACUAAAUGACAUGAUAAAAGAGCGUGAAGAACAGCUGAAAAACUCUGAGAAAUCACUGAGCUCCAGCCAACAAGAAGUGAAAGGGCUGAAGAAUCAUCACCAGAAGCUCCAGAGUCAAUGGGAACAGAUGUCUGGGAGCAUUUCACAGCUCAACCAGAAAAUAGUGGACACACAGGAGGAAAACUCAAACCUUAAUGAGAAAAUUGCCAAAAUGCACCAGAGAAUUGAGAAGUACCAGAAAACACUGAAGAGCUAUGACGAGGAGCGUGCAAAGGUUCAUGUCCUCAUGGAUGAAGCCAAACUCAGAGAAGAUGCUCUUAAGGCUCAGGUUCUGUCCUUUGAGAAGGAAAACGGUGCUUUAAAAGAGCAGAAGAAAUCUCUCCUCCGUGAUGCCAAAGACUGGCAGGAGAAGCACAAGAAGCUGAGCGAGGAGAUCCGAGUUUAUCACAAAUCCCAGAAAGAGCUGGAAGACUCUCUGGUGCACAAGGAGAAUGAGAUUGAUGUUUUGUCCGGCUGUAUUGCGGAGCUCAAUCGUUUGGGAGCCUGUGAUCCUGCAGACCUGCAGAAAGAUGAUGCUAAAAUAUCUAAUGGAGAAGAUGCUGAAAAGAAGAUGGACACCAUGAGACUGCGAAUCAAACAGAUGAUGGACGUCUCCAGGAUUAAAGCGACUCUCAGCGUUGUUGAGGACGAGAGAAACCGCUACAUGGAAACUCUCCUCACCGAACAGAAAGCCAGACAGGAGCUGGAGGAGCAAUAUCAAAAAGUCAUGCAUGACCAGAUGAAUCUGAACAAUGAGAAAAGUCAUCUGGAGAACCAGUUCAAGAACCUGCAGCAGAGGCUGGAAAUCACCACUGAACUCUACCAGCAGAAAGAAAACGCGCUGCAGCAGAAACUGACUCAGGAGGAGCUGGAGCGGCGUGAGAAGGAGACGAAGCUGUCGGAGGUGGACAGUAAAGCUAUACGCUCAGAGGAGGAAGUGAGAGCCCUCAAACAGAAGAUCAAGGACAUCGAGGAGGAGAUGCAGCAGAACGAACGCUCCUUGAAGUCUGAGGUGGCUGUCCAGGAGAAGAAAGCCCAUGAGAACUGGUUGAAAGCCCGCGCCUCAGAGCGAACUCUGGUGGAGGAAAGAAGAGAGUCGUCCACUCUUCGUCAGAAGCUUGUGGAGUACAGAGAUAAAAUAUCAGACCUGGAGCAAAGUCUGUUUAAACUCAACUCUGGACCCCCGGAUCGCCACAUGCCGCCACAGAGAAGAGGUGAUUCUUACGGGCCGUCUCCUGUGAGUGGGGGGGCUCCCUCUCCUCCUCUAAUGAUAGAGGGUCCCGGACGCCCCCCCUCAGCACCCGUAGGGCGACGGGGUGAACCGUUCGGUCCACGACCCCCGUCUGACCCUCACGGACGCUUCUCAGAGAUCGGACACCCGCUGCCAUCCCGAACAGAAAUGUUUCCUCCGAUGACUUCAUCCCCGUGUGCACAUGAUGGACCGAUGCAGACGGCACCGGUCAGUGAGACGGCCGAGGCCUCAGAGCAGGUCUCGUCUGAACCCGUAGAACCCGUAGAGCCCCUUUCCAAGUCUCAGAGUCAGGGAUCCUUCCUGCCGUCGCCCAUCCGCGAUUCUCCGGUUCCUGCACACAAGUCUUACGGACCCCCGGUGAUGCCGCCCAAUGGACCGCCGCCACCUAUGAUGAUCCGACCGCCCAAUGGCCACCCGCCCAUGAUGCUGCCCGAGCCGCGCUUCAGACCGCCACCCAUGGACUCGUACGGCCCUCCUCCCAUCGGCCCGUUUGGACCCGUACCACCAUUUGGACGAGGCCCACCAUUGGGACCACUCGGACCGCGGGACGUCCCGCCCGAAUUCUUCGGCCCUCGCGGCCUCCCCCCUCGCCCCUUCCCUCCCGGACCUCUGCCGCCCCCCGGAGCCAUGAUCCCUCCUCCCUACGGCGGGCGCGGUUUCCCGGGACCCCCUCCGCUAAUCCCUCAGAGCUCCAGAGACGGCGAGGGGAACGUCACGCCGGCCAGCGCCCCGCCGACGGACACUUCCCAUCAGGACUCCGCCGCGGCUGAACCUUGACGUGAGAACGUGCCGAUUCGCCAGCUUGACUUUGUUCGGUCCCGAUUCGUUUCAAUAUUUUAACAUCAAAAUCUGGUUUGGGUGGAAAAAAAAAAACAUUUAAUUUUGUUUGAAUAACACAUUUGUGACAGAAAUAAAGAGGGUUUUGAUUUUAUACAUUAGCAAACCUUUCCUAUGGAAAUAGUAUGAUUUAAUACGCAUUAAUUUUCUUGUUUCCGGUGGUUGUCAUGUGGUUCAAUUAUAAUCUCUACCACUCGACCCAGUGCUGAUGCAUUGUGGGAUAUCGAAGCGAUAUUUAGGCGCGUCGUGAAGCCAUUUCCUCAUGCCUUUAACGUGAGAGAACUCUGAAGAGACUUUACAUAUUUUUAUGCCUUUUCACCAUUUUUGAACGCCCGUAUUCCCGUUCGACCGCUUUUAGUCUGCUCACGUGAUUAUUCGCCAGCUCGCCUGUGUUUAUUUUAACGUUUGAUUCGUCGUGCGUCUGCUCUUAUGAUUUCUUUUCCUAGCGGAAAGGCACAUAUGAUGUCAUAUUGACAAAGUAUUUGUACGUUUCUUUGAGCUGCGUGUACAAUAAAAUAUUCUCACCAAUUAGACACAAUAGAAACAGAUGAACGUCUGUGUUUGUACAUCCCAGGUUUCACACAGUCAGCAGGUGAUUUAAAUGUAUUAAUGGAUGUUGCAUGAUGAUGAAACACGAGCAGAAUUGAAUGUGAUUGUUUACAUAACACAUUCAUCACAAAUAAUUCACUGAAUUGCAAUAAUUUAUAUAUAUUAAAAAAACAUUCCCAGAAUGUUUUUAUGCACACAAAAUCUGCUUGUGUUUCAUAAACGAGGCCUGUGAAUGCUGUCCUCUGUGUCCUCAUGCAAUGCUUUUGAAACAAAAUGGAAAAAUACUUCAAUACUCAAAACAAACAAAAAUCCAUUGACCUUUUUUUGUUUUUCCUUGCAUAUACUGUUUUGUUUGAUAUUAGAGUAAAUUAUUUUAGGAAGUGUGUGGAGAGGAUGUAUCUUGUGCGCAGUAAGAGUGUCUGCAUCAUGUGUUGAAAUCCUAGGGAAGAAACUGUUUUAAAAAUAUGUGGCAUUGAUUUGACAGGAAUGAAUGAGUUGAAUAAAGCUGCUUUUUCCUGUA